CUCGCAUCUGCUCCAGUACGAUAUUGAGAUAGAAAAGGACCUGGAAAAAAAUAUUUUAGAAAGUCGAAAGGAUUAAAACGAGUUAGGUCUGAUUUUAGAAGUCCAUACCAUCGAGGAAUGAUUAUCCGGGGUCCAAUGGUGAGAACUCGAGAUGGUUGUUUAUCCAUGGAAUUUGAUUGGUUACCUGUCCUACCCUAAACCAAUUUAAAAUGGGAUGCGGCAACACCACUGCGGCCAGCCAUCAGAAAGGCGUUGAGGGCCAUUCUCCAAUUUUUAUUUUUUUUAUUAAUUUUGUAUUUUCUCGUGUCAUAUAUACAGUGCCGGGUCUCUCCUUUCAUUAGACACUUUCCUUCCUCUACUCUCUCCCUCCAUCGACCCGAACACCGUUACCACCACCGCUCGUCUCACUACUCCCCUUUAACGUCUUGUCGCCCCAAGAUUCUCUUCAAAUCUCUUACCAUGUCAGCCGAAUAUACCUUUGCCGAUAUUAAAGGACAUCAAUCGAAGAAGGAUCUUUGGCUUGUUGUCCAUGAUAAGGUCUACUCUUGUGGGGAUUUUGUUGACGAGCACCCGGGUGGUGAAGAAGUCCUGAUGGAUGUCGCUGGACAAGAUGCGACCCUUGCCUUCGAGGAUGUCGGACAUUCGGACGAAGCCCGCGAAAUUCUUAACGGAUUGUUGGUUGGCACACUUAAAAGAACGGCAUCCGACCCGAAGCCCCCUGUUACCUCUCCUAGUUUCACGACCCAGACACAGAGCAAUGAUGCUGGAACUACGUUCUACGCUUUCUUCGUUGUGGCUGCCCUUGUUGCGUUUGGGGCAUACAAGGUGUACGCUUAAGUGGCCUGGUGUGGUUGGAGUUGUGAAGGGACAGUGGAAAGAGAAUUUGGGGUAAUAUGAUCUCUUUUUCUUUUCUUUUGAUUUGCGCAUGGUGUCUCUGGGUAAAUGAAAGUGCGAGGGGUAGGGAAAUGUUAUUCUUGAACCUUUAGAAGCAAUGCAAUAGAUUUAAAAUUUUCUUCUCA